AUGAAUAGAUCGAACAAUUACGUUCGUACAGCUCAAGUAACAACAAAUGAAAUAGGUAUCAAUGAUCAACACCAGAUGAAUGGUCGACAUCAGCAACUUUAUUCUCAACCAGCAGUGUAUGUAGAUGACAAUGAUAUGGAACAACGAGAAGGUCUUCUUCGUUCAUUAGAACAAAAGCCGAUUCCCUCUGUUUUAAAUGUUAAGACAGAUAUUCAGCAUAAUUCAUCAACUCCGAAACGUGGUCGAUCUCUUAACGACAGCGGGGGUUCCAUCAGUUCUGCACCGAAACAACAUAAAUCAAGCAAAGGUACCCGCAUGCAAAUGGAAGAUACGGCCGUAAUUAAUCAACAACAAUCAAAAUCGCUUCCAUUCGAUCAGCUAAAACGAGCCAUGUCCUCUAAUCUACCGUGCUUCUUCAUCGAAUUCGAACAAACUAUUACUUCACAGCGGCCUCCAUCGGCAUGUGAAGCCAGAAAUGUUAUUGAAAAGCAUUUCAAAGAACAAUAA